AUGGCAUUAGAUGAAUUUCUCUUCUCUCCUCUCUCCCGUGAAAUCCCAGAAACUCUAGACGGCGAUUUCGAUUUCUCCUCUCCUCCGCCUUCCUUGCCGAUCCUGCCGUCGCUCCCUCCGCAGAUCCUGUCGUCGCUCCCUCCGCUUCUCCUCCGAUAUGAUGGAAACGAGGUGUUCUUUAGGAUCAAGAGAAGCACCCAGCUGAAGAAGCUAAUGAAUGCUUACUGUGACCGGCAAUCUGUGGACAUGAACUCCAUUGCUUUCUUGUUUGAUGGCCGUCGUCUGCGUGCUGAGCAAACUCCUGAUGAGCUUGAAAUGGAGGACGGUGAUGAGAUCGAUGCGAUGCUCCAUUAGACUGGUGGUAGAGGUGGUGGUGCUAUGGCCUGACACUUCCUCCGGGUUUAGGGCUUGUGUGAUAUGAAUGGUUAAGGAGUAUUCGGCAUUAGGACUUGCAGACUUGUUUUUAUCGUGAUCAUUCUCUCUAGAAACUACAAGUUAUUAUGGUCACGAAGGUUAAAAACCCUUUGGUUGAUUUUUUGUCUUGUUCGUUUGGUAUUGGAUCCUAUGAUACUACUAUUUUGGCUUAAAGGUGUUAUUAACCCGAUUA